AUAUAUGGAGUAAUCGGGACAUAUUGUAUAAAAAUACUUCUUUGUUUUUAGAAUAUUGGUUCUGAAAUAUUAAUAUCCUAUUGGUGAGACCAACUGGUAAAUGCAGAGGGUCUUUUACUCAGUUAUAAGGAAUUCUUAUCACUUUACAAGGUCCCUGUAACAGAUGUUGCAAUUGUUUUAGAUGCCAUUCCCUCAGGUGUUGCUUUAUUAUUCAGGAACGGGUCAAGACCCUCAGAGCCGACCUUCCAUUAACCCUCAGAGCCUACCUUCCAUUAACCCUCAGAGCCUACCUUCCAUUAACCCUCAGAGCGUACCUUCUGUUGACUCAUCAGUAGGAAAGAUUUGUUUCUCUUUUGGUCCAUUCAACAACAGAGCGAUACGAACCUUGUUUCAGCAGGAUGUUGUCAUGCCUUAUUGGAAUGGAUUUAUUGAUAAUAUCUGUUGAGAAAAAGUUUGGAUGUUGCCACACACAUACCUACUUGUUAAUAACAAAAUUAAGGAAGUUUCCUUUAAAAUUAUUCAUAAAUAUUAUCUGGCCAACCACUAUAUGAAGAAGUUUAAGGAAAACAAACUCAAAUUGUACCUUUUUUGUAAUGACCACCCAGAAAACAGUGUUGCAUCUUUAUUGGCAUUGUAUUAAUGUAAGGAACGUGUGGUAAGACCUCAGUAGAUUUAUAAUUGAACAUAUUUAUGACGAUUUUACACUAUUGUGGAGAGAUGUACUGAUUGGAUUCUUUACCUACAAAAGAAAUAAGCUGAAACAAUUUUAUGUAAUUAAUUUCAUUAUUCUUUUGGCCAAAUUUCAUAUUCACAAAUAUAAAUGUACAAACAAAACACCACAUUUUCUUACCUUACAAAAUGAAAGUGAACUAUAUUUUAAGACAAUUAAAUGCUCUUACUGACAAAAAACUGUUAGAAUAAUAAGUGUCUGUAUGUCCCUUAAGGUCCUUGUGUAAUAUGAUACUGUACCCCCCUAGCCACGCCCCCAGCCCAAUUGUUCUUUGUAUAUUAUUUAUAUAUACUUGUGUUCCCACAUGUACUUCCUGUAUUGAUUUGUUGUUAAUACGUUUUUUUAAAUAAAGCGGGGGACAGUAUUUCUGUACUUUAGGGCCCAUAAUGCAAUUCUUCGGGAAAUGGGCGUGGCUUCACAUCGUUUUCAGAUUUGAAGAAAAUGGCGGAGAACAACGAGAGCGGAUACAAAUUCAUUGCUUUAACUAAUUAUGACAAAUGUUAAGAAAAUGUUGAGCAAUGUAAUAAAAGAAGCAAAUCGUGAAGUGAAAGCACUGGCUACCUUGGAACAUUCUAGCAUUGUUCGCUACUAUACGACUUGGCCUGAGGAUGCCAAUUGGGUCGAUGGAGGCUACAGCACAGAGUCGUCAGUCUGGUCUGAAAUCUCAGAAGACUCUGACAAUUAUUCAGACCAGGGAGAUGGAUCUACACAUGUAACAAAGCAAUCCGAUUUAGACCUGUCUGAAACAGCCAGCGAAGAUCAAGCAAACCACUCAAUGACCGAUUCCAGCUCAAGAAAUGGGGACUGGCCUUGUUUGUUCAUUCAGAUGCAGUUCUGUGACGGAGGGACGCUGAAGGACUGGAUUAGCAAGAAUACGGGUAGAAGGAAGGCCAUGGCACUUGAAAUAUUUCAGCAAAUAGUUUGUGGAGUGGAAUACAUCCACUCUAAAGAACUUAUUCACAGAGACUUAAAGCCAGAGAACAUAUUGUUUGGAAGUGAUGGCAUGGUGAAGAUUGGAGACUUUGGUCUUGUGACCACGAUCACCACUCCGAGUGGAGCAUCAAUGUACAGGACUGUCAACAAAGGAACACCAUUAUACAUGAGCCCUGAGCAGAAGACUGGGGGGAAAUAUGAUGAGAAAACGGAUAUAUUCUCUCUGGGACUGAUAUGGUUUGAACUCCUGUGGUACAUGUCCACUGUCUCAGAGAAGAUCAAGGUGUUCGAGAGCCUGCAGACAAGGACAUUUCCUUGUGCCUUCCGUGAGAAGUUUAUCUUCGAGCAUAAACUCAUCAGUAAAAUGCUGUCAGAGUCGCCUGCAAACCGACAAAACGCCAAAGAGAUUGCUGCGCUCCUGCUCGGAAACCAAACUGGAAUACCACAGAACUGUAUGAAAUGUUGUAGGGUAGUGGCUUGAAAUGCUUUGGGUAAACAGCACCCGGGAUCAGCAUAGACACACGUCCGAUUCAAGACAGGACACAUAGUGAUGAUGUCAUGCCUCGACUGAAGCAGUAAACUGGGAUGGGAUCUCUUUUUUUUACCGUACUGAAUUUCUCAGGAACGUUUUAGCACUUAUCGUUGCACUUUUGUUUCUGCUGUACGGUUUCUCAAAUGUGAUAACUUUUUAAAAGUUGGUGGUUACAUGGAAUAGACGGUAAAUGGUAAUAUUAUGUGUAGGAAAAAUGUUUUGGUCCAUCACAUAUUUCUAAUGCUGGUACUUAUUUUAUAUAUUUUUAACCUUUAUUUAACCAGGUAAGACCCAUUUUUAAGUUUAAAAAGACUAUUUUUCAAGGGUCGACCUGGCAAGAGUGCUAAACAGGGAAAUAGAAGCCGUGUCCAUAAAAUAUUACAGAAAAAUACCAAAUUAACACAAAACACAAAGUGUCACAAGUUAAGUAAAUGAAAACGAAACAUUGAAUGUUCUUACAGGAAGAUGGGUACUCGUAUGGUUUUUUCCUAAUGUGGCCAAGUCUUUUUUAUUUUUUAUUAACGUGAUUUCGAAUGAAAUGUUAGACACACACUGUAUAAAGAGCGCGUUGUUAAGGUGUUUUUAUAUAUUAUUAAGAUUAUAAAGCCUGUAUCUCGAUGUCUAGAAGAGAUGUAUACUUUGUAACACAUGGGGGCAGUCUCGGUCUAGUUGUUAUAUGGCAGUUACAGUGCCUUCAGAAAGUAUUGAUACCCCUUGACAUAUAGCAUAUUCUGUUACGUUACAGCUUGAAUUCAAAAUUGAUGAAGUAUUUUUUUUCUUCACACAUCUACACACAAUACCUCAUAAUGACAAAGUUUUUGUAGAAAUGUUUGCUAAUAAAUUGAAAAUGAAAUAUCUACUUGACAUAAGUAUUCACAGCCCUGAGUCAAUACAUUUUAGAAGCAUCUUUUGGCAACGAUUCCAGCUGUGAGUCUCAGAGCUUCUAAUUGAUCCGACAUAUGCAGCGUUUACCGUGAAUUCUGUCUCCGCGACACGGAUGACUCGAGCUUUCAGCAGUCCCUUCAAGAUUUUGCGGGGAAUGUUAGUGAUAUUUGGUGAAAAAUGCUUGAUUUUUCUACGGCAAUUCUGACAUUUUGCAUGGCAAUAUGCAAUGAUUUUGUCACAGAUGCGAUGACGAGGGAAAAAGUUGUUGACGUGUGGCUUGAUUCAACCAUAUGACGUGGUAAAUGCGGUGAUUGGUUGAAAUUGUGAGCCCUGUUUUUUUUGUACUGCGGUGAUGGGUCUGUUUUAUGCAGAAAAAGUGGGUGAUUGGUCAAAUAUGCAGGAAAUUGUUGAUUUACUCCUCUCAAACUUGGUAUUUUAAUAAAGCUUUGGUGAUUUUAA